GUGAUUUUCCGCUCACUGAUGUCAUCCUCUGUGAAGUCGUUUUCGAAGGAGAUGACAAUGAAGCGGAGCGGCGUGGUUGUGGUUGUGGUGCUUGGGGUGGUGGUGCUUGGGGCUGUCGUGGCUCCGAUGAUCGUGUCGCCGUCCUCGUUCUCCUUUGCCACGAUGAACCUACAUCCAUCCGCCAGCCAGGUGAGGGCUUUGCGCGGAAACACUGCCAAUGGGAAUGAAAGACCAGUGCCAACACAACUGCGUCCACCCCCACCACGCAUCGGCCAGAACAAGGCGCCAGGGAACAGCUCACAGCCGGGUCGGCAGGAACACCGAGGGGACAGCAGGGGUUCAUCUCCCAAUCGCUCGUUACCCCCUGCGCAGGAAGCCGAUGUGGAGACCACGCCCGAGCCCACGUGCCGGCCAGGCCGUGACGCGCACUGCGACUGCCCGCCAGACUGUCACGAGUGUCGCCCAACGCAACAGGAGUGCGUCAUGUGCCGCAAUUCAAGGUUUCUCCAUCAGGGCCAGUGCAUCGACGAGUGUCCGAACACCCUCUACCCAAUUGGACAGGGCCAAUAUGGCAAGUACUGUGGGGAGGAAUCUGACACACAAAAGGAGGGUGUAAAUCAAGUGGACAUCUUGCAGCUGCUUCGGGAGCGUGCGCGACAACACCACGAAGCGGUUGUUGGAGAGGGUGGCGCUGAUGGCGAAGGCGCUGAUGGCAGAAGUGCCGACGCCGGCACACGUGCAGAGGCCUCCUCGUGUACGUGCACAGACUGCGUCGAGAAGUCGUGCGUCUGCAACGCAGAUGGCACGACGCAAUGCAUGCUGUGCAAGAACUUCAAGUACCUGCUCAACGGCCAAUGCGUGGAUGACUGCCCGGCAACUGGUGCGUACACAGCAAUCGGCACAUCUCGGUUCGGGCGCAAGUGCAAACCUCGUGGUGCUGGUGGCUCAAUCGGUACCGGGAACGGCUUUCAUGACUUGAAGGCCAACCCACCGCCGCUGGAACGCCCACUGCAGUCCGAGCACGCAAAACAUGCAACAACAAAGCAGGUAGAUGUUGGCCUCGACGGUGAGGGCAAGGCGAAAGUGCACGUCAUUGCAUGGGGGCUGGAUCAUGACCAGAUUCAAGCUGCGACCAUCAACAUUGCUGUCGGUGACACAGUCAGGUGGAUCAUAGAUGGGCGACACAGUGUCAUCAGCGGGCGACCAGGCCAGCACGAUGCGGAGUUCUUUUCGGGUCCGCCGGGCAGCAAGACCGUUUUUGAGCACACGUUCACCAAGGCGGGCGCGACCAUCAUUGUUGGCAACCCCGCAAAAGAUAAAGCAGAGCGUGACUGGCAGUAUGUACUCAUGUUUGAAGGAGCUGGGGGUUCCACGGAUCGCCCACAGCGCUUCGAGACAGCGAUGAAGGAGGAAUUUACGGUGUUCCGCGCCAAAGGGGUGACGUUGCGCGAGUGCCAGGCGCGGUGCGGUGCGGACACCAUCUGCAAGGGCGUGUUCUACUACCGGCAGUCGAGGCGCUGCAAAGGGCUUGCGUCGCUGGGCACGGCUGGUGUUCCCACUGAGAUUAAGGCCGACAGUUAUGCAAAAGUUCACUCCAUGCACCCAAUUCAGACUGCGCACUGA